UAACAAGUUAAGCAACUACUGAAAAUAGAAUGAUUAGCUAACUAUUAAUUUUUAAUUAACUUUGAUCCAAUGAUAGUUUGAUAAUUUAUUUGGAAACAGCCCUUAAACCCUCAAGGUCACUGUGACAUAUAUAUAAGACCAAUUAGAUCAUUGUAAUAAAUUAAUCAAAGUAAUCUGUAACCAUUUAUAGUUGUCUCAUUUAACUUAAAUAUCUUAUAUAUACCAUAUUUAUCUUCACUCCCAUCAGUGAUUAUAAAGUUACUUGUACUUGCACUUGGCAAUAAAUUACUGAGUAUAUGUUUCUCAUUUAAUUUACUAUUUACUGUCAAUCACUAACCUAUUACAUUGUCCUUGUGGUUUUAAACGGAAUUUUUAUUCACUUCGGUGAGAUCGACAAGAUCUUCAAAGCAACAUAAACUUCUUGGAGACAUUAUGAACGUUCUAAUUGAUGCACUCUUACGUUUGUCAUGGAUAAUGAUAUUACUACCAAAAUUCUUCCAUUCACAAGCUCAUGCAAAAGUCACCAUUGACGAUGAUACUGGUUACUUUGUUGAUCCACAAGGAUUUAUUAAAUUAUUUCAUGGAAUCAACUGUGUGCAUAAAUUCGCACCAUUUUACUUUCCAAAACUACUUGACCCUCAUUCAUUCAGAGUACUUAGAGAUUGGGGAAUUAAUGUUAUACGCUUAGAAUUCAGCUGGAUAGCAUUAAAACCACAGGAAAACGAAAUCAGUCGAGAGUACUUAGAUAUCAUUGAAACGAUUAUCGACAAUGCUGGAUUAUAUGGAGUUUAUAUCAUCAUUGAUUUGCAUCAAGAUGGAUUAUCGAAACGUCUAGGUGCAAUUGAUGCUGUGCCUAAUUGGUUUAUGGAUAAAAUAAAGCGACCACCAUAUUUAUUUCAAUGCCCUUGGCCACUAACGAAAGAUCCAAGUAAAAGCCAAUGGUUUCUAACGUACGCCACAUAUGAGAGUGCACAUGUAUUUGAAAGUAUAUAUAAAAAUGUUUCAGGAAUAUGGAAUUAUUUUGCAGAAUAUUGGAUGAUAACAACUAGUCGUUUCGGGAAGAAAGAUAAUGUUUUAGGUUAUAAUUUGAUCAAUGAACCACCACCUGGAAAUUUUUAUUUAAAUCCAUCCCUUCUUUGCCUA